GGCGCGUCCCGACAUUCGGCGAGGCGACGCGCACGAAGGCAGAGAGAGCGGCGUGGCGGAGCGAGCCGGCGGAAAAGCGAACCGUUCCUUCGGUUCAGUCGCAGUCACGAAGCGGCGCCGAGCACCAUCCCUCGGCCGCCUCUUUCUCUCUCGCGCUCGCGCGCGCGUGUCUAUAAUUAAACAUCGGUGGAGGAGUAAAAGUGUCGGGGACGAAGGAGAGCGCGCAAUCCUCCUCUUUGUCCGUUCCCUUUUUUUUUCACCUUCCUCCUCCGCCGCUGAACCGAACGACGAAGCGAUGAAUUUUUCUCGAGAACCGCCGACUCCGACUCGACGCGUUCCGCCGCUUCUCCGCUUCUCGGCUAUAAUUAACAACCACGUUCCCUUCUAACGCGUUCGGUUAUUCUUCUCGUCUCGCGAUCAUGCCGAACGACGCGUGCCCCUCCGACCGANUCCACUCGAGAAACGUUCUUCGUUCCGAGACGCGGUGGUGAGACGUCGACCGACAGAUGGAUCGUGACCGUCGUUAGAGGAUAGCGCGAAUACCGUUCGCCCUUCUCGAACCUUGACCGUGAGUCUCCUCUCCCGUUUCACGCGUUUAAACGCGUUUCUAUUUUUAUCCGGUCGGUCGGUCGCGUAGACGGGCGCGCGAGGUCGCGUCGAUCCUCGAUAGUGUAAAAGUACGGUAACGAAAGAAAAAAGAAAAAGUGAAGUUUCGUUUGUUCGUUUUUUCAGUGUAUUCGGUUUAUUAGUUUUUGGUGAAUCGAGUUUGAUCAACGAAGAGGAGGAGGAGGAGGAGGAGGAAAAAACGUCGAGGAUCCCGGCUUCGAGAGUUGGAUAGCGGAUUUGCUCGCGAUGCGCGAGUGACGAGAAGAAGAGAAGAGGAGAGGAGAGGAGAGUAGGGACAUACCGGCGAGGAACCGAGCUGCGGAGAAACAUCGAGAAGAGAGAGAGGACGAUUCGAAACGACCGAUGAGAUGACAGUGUUGUGUGCGUUGUGGGCGACACUGUCCACCGUGGCAUCGAUCCUCGCCUGUUCCGGAUUUUACCUGCCUUAUUGGAUUCAGGGACGACUACUGGGAAAGGCGGACGCGUAUUUUGGUUCCUUUCGACGGUGCAACUAUCCACGGAUAAGGGCGGCGAAUACCGCUCCCGAAAUAGUUUACGAGUGCGCCAGAUACUCCAGCUUCUGGGACAUUCCGAGCGGUUGGUGGCAGGCGAGCACGGUCACCAUGGGGAUCGGGGUCGCGAUCGCGGUGAUCGGCGCCCUUACCCUGCUCGCGGCCGCCUCCACCUUCCUCCCGCACAUCCUCAAAACUCCGAGACACACCAGGGUGCUCGGCUCUCUCCAGUUGCUCGCCGCGAUGAUAUGCGGCGGUCUGGUCAUGUAUCCGAUAGGAUGGGACAACAGGGAGGUGCGGGAGUCUUGCGGGAAGGGUGCUAACGUGUACAAUCUCGGAAAGUGUUCCGUUUCAUGGUCGAGCUAUCUGCUGGUAGGCUCGGUGGCGCUGUUGAUGCUGUGCUUCGGGCUGAGCUUCUGCGCCGCGCGACACAAGCCGUCCAACCCGCACACCGAUCCUCUGCGCAUUUGACAAUCGAGAUACUCUCAAUCGAUUCACGCCUAUGCCUCGCCGAAGACGACCACCCUCUCCUUCGUCACGGUCUGUUGAGCCGUGAGGAGGGCGAGGAGAAGAAGGAACGAGAGAAGCAGCAACAGGAGGAAAAGGAGAAGCAUCGAGAAUCACCUCUACGAGCGUCUCAUCCGGGUACGAGCACACCGCGCACACGUCACGCGACAAACCACACACACGUCGACAAGCCACGCGUCACGCACGCUUCCCACCCAACUACCCGAUCGUUUUACCUUAUCUUAAGAACCAAACUUUACUUCUUCCACUCGUGCGUACAGCGUUGCCACGUUUCCAUCACGUUUUUUCGCGACCAACUUCUCCACGAUUCGACGUGGAGGGGAUAUAUGGGCGAGUAGCGCAAAGCGUUGGAAACCGUGCGAGAUUCUCGAACGAGCAUUCGAUUCAAACGAUUUUCAUCUCCCCUCCGAUUCCUCUACUUCUUCUUUUUUUUUUUUACACGAUUUUUUUUUUUAACGAAAGAGCCUCCCCUCUCUACACGCUUUCGAAACUUCUGCUCGAGAGAAAGAUAGAGAGAGAGAGAACAAAAAGGGAAACGUUUGGAACAGCGAAUGUUUCGGACAGGUAAAGACGUACAACAGCGUUCGUUAGCCGCAAACUUCUCUCCCUGUGAUCUUUGCGACUCUAGAAACUGGAGGCAUCUCGUCGUUUCGGUACUUCUCUUUGAUUCCCUUCUCCCUUCACCCCGCGCCUUUGCUCGAA